UUGAUUUCUUUAGUAUUUAGCAAACUUCUACAUAAACUGUCCGAGCAUGUGCAUCCCUAAAGUCAAAGUGGAUAUCAUUUUUUUCUAACUUUUAAUGUUGCACUUUUUUGGCCUCUCGACAUUUGUUCCAGAUGCUGCUCUGAGUAAGAGAUAUGGUAUUUGAAAUUUUGACUCCUUGUUCUGUCUUCUCGUUAUUUUCAUUUUUCAGUCUUUUAUAGUCUCAUGCCAAUCCUCUACAAAGAAACUAGUGAUUCAGGACUGCCUCAACUAAUCAGCUAAUAGCAUCUCUGAACUCUGAUUUCAGUGGGUUAAGGAUCUUUGCAUAAUUUCUUAUGUUUCAAAUUUCUAUCUGUAUGUUUGUGCAACUUCAAUUAAUGCAUGUAUUUUCUAGGGAUUCUUUUCUGAGGCAUAUGGAAUUUGACUUGAAUGACCGAAGGAGUAUCAGGUUUGUCUUUGUCUUGUUGAGUUCGUUAUCUCUUUCACCAGGGAGAGAGUUGUGCAGUUCAAUGCUGAUGUCUCAAAUAAUCAUGACGGUAGAUUUGUACUCAAAUAAUCAUGAGAACUUUAGUGGGAAUCCAGGACUAUUGUGUCUUGCUGCUUAAGCAUAAUUUCUGUUGGCACCAAUGGGGUCCUCCUACAUCAUUUUGGGGUUUCAUUUAUUUGUGUUUCAGCACUGGUAUUGGAAAAACUCACAUUUGGCAUGCACAUAAAGGCUGAAGCAGCAUGCAUAAUGAUACGUGUAUCAGGAUCAGGGAGGAAAAUAGAUAUGUCCCAUGGUGGUUGAUCUAGUGGUUAAGAAUUUGAAUCACAAUGUUGGAGAUCCGAAAUUCAAAUCCUGGGGUAGGUGGGGAGGGGUUUCGAAAGGGAAGGGCUGUCUCCUAUUAUAUAUCUCGUCGGCUGAUGUACCAAAAAAAAAAAAAAAGAAGGUUAGGUUACUAGCUUGUACUUGAUAAAUGAGCAGACAAAUGUGGGUAAUAAAUUAAUAAUUCUUAGGAGUUCUGCUGCAUAAUCUUCAAUGAAACCUGAACAGUAAA